AUGUUUAGACUUCAAUCUAAAGGUCUUCUAUAUGCUUCAAGACACACGAGAAGCGUGCGGCAUUUCUCUGAAGGCCCAAGCAGAGUUUCUAGGUACUGGGAGAUAAUUAAAAAAGAGUGCAAAAAAGUCUGGCACGGUUGCAAACUUCUUUAUCAUGACGGAAAGUUCAUGGUAAAAACCAAAUACCGCACUACUUUUUAUGAAGACAACUGCACCUUUGAGGAAAUGAAAAACAUGUCUGCGACGACUUCUGACCUACUGAAAAUGAUACCUUUCAGCUUUUUCAUUGUGAUACCAUUCGCUGAGUUCACUCUUCCGUUUUUCCUUUACAUCUUUCCGAAUAUGAUACCAUCAGCAUUCCUAACCCAGGCAUUUUUUUAAAUUUUUAUUUUACAAGGCUAAUAAAUUUAUAUUAAAAUAUUUUUUAUUUAAAUAAUGAAGAAGUAGGAAAAACCAAAAGAGAUGAAGUUUGAAAAACAAUGAUUGAAGCAAGAAGUACGCAUGCUAACAAGCUGCAUAUCUAUAUGUUAGAAAGGAUGAAAGCACUUCAAAAUCCACAAUAUGCCAAUUUUCUUGAAAAACUAAGAACUAAACCUCAAGGGAUCAAAAUAGAUGAUUUGACCAAAAGUUAUGAAAUUUUCAACAAAACUCUGAACUUUGGGAAUAUGGACACAGACCUGCUCAAGGCGACUUGUAGAUUCCUAGGGAUGGAGCCUUGAACCGGUUUUAAUACGGUCAGUAAGAUUUUGCUUGCCCCAACAUCAAAGCUUCUAGGCUACGCAGGGAUAAAUAUUCCAAGAAUUUAUGACCCUAAGAUUUUUCCAUUUAGACAAAUCCAGCGAAAUAUUGUUAUGUACCAGCUCCGCAGCUUAGUAUCCUUUUUACCAUAAAAAAGCUCUAAUUUACUAUAAAAAAUUAAAAAAAUUAUUUAUUAUCAAUAGGAAUAAGAAACCUAAGGGAAGAAGACAUCCUCCUUUUAGCAGAAGACAUCGAUACAAUGAAGCCAGAACUUUUACUAAUCUGCUGCCGUGAACGAGGAAUCGACACACUGCACACCACAGAGCCCAAAAUGCGAAAACAGCUUAAAGAAUGGAUUUAUUAUUCCACACAUCCACUAACCAAAGGUCCUGUUAAAAAUGAAAUUUUGGUUUUUAGCCAAAUUUUCAAAUACUUUGAAGAUACAAUAGAAAUAGAAGAGCAUGCCGAAGAGCCUGCAGAAGUUGUAAACUGGGUUAGUUUUUAGCAUAAUAAAAACAUAAUUUUUCUAAUUUCUAUAAAUAUUUAUAGGGUAUUUAGGACUAUUUAAUUUUAAAUAGCAUAGAAAAAGCAAUACAAAUGAUUUUUGAAGAGUCUAUGGACAGAAUUUUGCAUUAUGAUAAAAAGACUGUAGCAAAAAUACUAGAGCAGACAGAAGCUGCAAAUAUUUCACAGAUCACUGAUGAGGAAAGAAAAGUUAUUAAAGAUAAGCUAGAAGAAGCAUUAGAUGAGCAGCUAUUUGUAGAAGAUCAUGAUAGGAUUGAGACAACUCUCAAGAGACUAGAAGAUGUCCCAGCUGAGCCAGUUGUGACAAAAGCUGCAGAAGUACAAAGCUCAGCCGGAGAAGAGCCCAAAGCAGAAAUUCCUAUAGAUGGUGAGGCUCCAGCUGCACCUAAACCUGACAUCCCUACUGUAGAAAAGCCUAAAUCUGAUAUCCCUACAGUAGAAAAGCCUAAACCUGAUAUCCCUACUGUUGAAAAUGCUCCUAAAGUUGAAAUCCCUACAGUCGAAAAUGCUCCAAAGCAAGAAGCAGAAAUCCCAAAAAAUUCAGUCAAAGAUACAUCAGAAAAUAAACAGUAA